AUGGGAACUUCCGUUAACAUCAUCGUUGGUUCUCAUGUCUGGGUUGAAGACCCAGAACUAGCUUGGAUUGAUGGGCAAGUUGAGAAAAUUAAGGGCGAAGAAGCUGAGAUUCAGACAAGCCAUGGCAAGAAGAUUGUUACGAAGUUAUCCAAAGUUUAUCCUAAAGAUACCGAAGCCCCACCUGGUGGAGUUGAUGACAUGACAAAACUACAUUAUUUGCAUGAGCCUGGAGUUCUGGAAAAUCUGAAAGCAAGAUAUGAGCUGAAUGAAAUAUAUACUUACACUGGAAAUAUACUGAUUGCCAUUAAUCCUUUUCAAAAACUGCCUCAUUUAUAUGAUUCUCACAUGAUGCAACAAUACAAAGGGGCUCCACUUGGGGAGCUCAGCCCUCAUGUGUUUGCUGUUGCUGAUGUGGCUUACAGGGCGAUGAUAAAUGAGAGGAAAAGAAAUUCCAUUCUGGUAAGCGGUGAAAGUGGGGCUGGCAAAACAGAGACAACAAAAAUGCUCAUGAGAUACCUCGCCUUUUUGGGGGGCAGAGCAGCUACUGAAGGAAGGACAGUUGAACAGCAAGUUCUUGAGUCCAAUCCUGUUCUUGAAGCUUUUGGAAAUGCAAAGACUGUUCGAAAUAACAAUUCCAGCCGUUUCGGUAAAUUCGUAGAGAUACAAUUUGACAAGCAUGGGAGAAUAUCGGGAGCAGCAAUCAGAACCUACCUUCUCGAGAGAUCAAGAGUUUGCCAAAUUUCUGAUCCUGAGCGAAACUACCACUGCUUUUAUCUCCUUUGUGCUGCGCCUCAGGAGGAAAUUGAGAAGUAUAAGUUGGGGCACCCUAAAACAUUUCAUUAUCUCAACCAGUCACGCUGCUACGAGCUAGUUGGAGUAAGCGAUGCGCAUGACUAUCUCGCUACUAGGAGGGCAAUGGACAUUGUUGGAAUCAGUGCAAAGGAGCAGGAAGCUAUUUUCAGAGUGGUCGCUGCAAUUCUUCACAUUGGCAAUAUUGAUUUUACAAAAGGAAAAGAAAUCGAUUCAUCGGUAUUGAAGGAUGAGAAAUCAAAAUUUCAUCUCAAAACAACUGCAGAACUUCUCAUGUGUGAUCCUGUGGCUUUGGAAGAUGCAUUGUGUAAACGCGUGAUGAUCACCCCUGAAGAAGUUAUUAAGAGAAGUCUUGAUCCACUUAGUGCUUUAGUUAGCCGGGACGGCUUAGCUAAGACGAUAUAUUCUAGACUAUUUGAUUGGUUAGUAGAUAAGAUCAAUGUCUCAAUUGGCCAAGAUUCCAAUUCAAAAUCCCUGAUUGGGGUCCUGGACAUAUAUGGGUUUGAGAGCUUCAAGCAUAAUAGCUUUGAACAGUUUUGCAUAAAUUUUACCAAUGAGAAGCUUCAACAACAUUUUAACCAGCAUGUCUUCAAGAUGGAGCAAGAGGAAUACACAAAAGAGGCAAUUGACUGGAGCUACAUUGAGUUUGUUGAUAAUCAAGAUGUCUUAGAUCUUAUUGAGAAGAAACCAGGUGGAAUUGUUGCUCUCCUCGAUGAAGCCUGUAUGUUCCCAAAGUCAACACAUGAAACAUUUUCAAACAAGCUGUAUCAGACUUUCAAGAACCAUAAGCGCUUCGUCAAGCCCAAAUUGUCUCGCACAGAUUUUAUAAUUUCACAUUAUGCUGGAGAGGUUCAAUAUCAAUCUGACCAAUUUUUAGACAAAAACAAAGAUUACGUUGUUCCAGAACAUCAGGACCUGUUAGGCGCUUCAAAAUGCACUUUCGUUGCUGGACUUUUUCCUCCAAUUCCUGAAGAGUCUACAAAAUCGUCCAAAUUCUCUUCCAUUGGUUCGCGUUUUAAGUUACAACUGCAACAGCUGAUGGAGACUCUAAAUGCCACAGAACCUCAUUAUGUCAGAUGUAUAAAGCCAAAUAAUCUUCUUAAACCAGCUAUUUUUGAGAAUUCAAAUAUAAUGCAACAAUUGCGUUGUGGAGGAGUCCUUGAAGCAAUCAGAAUAAGUUGUGCUGGAUAUCCUACGCGUAGACCUUUCUUUGAGUUCAUCAAUAGAUUUGGACUGCUUGCCCCCGAAGUUUUGGCAGGAAGUUUCGAUGAAAAAGUCGCAUGCCAGAGGAUCCUGGAAAAGAAAGGGCUACAAGGUUUUCAGAUAGGUAAAACAAAGGUUUUCCUCAGAGCUGGUCAGAUGGCUGAGUUAGAUGCACGACGGGCAGAAGUUCUUGCAAGUGCAGCAAAAGCCAUACAACGGCGAAUAAGAACUCAUAAUGCUCGUAAACGAUUUGUUGCAAUGAGAAAAGCUAGCAUAUGUAUGCAAUCUAUAUGCAGAGGGAAACUUGCUGGCAAACAUUUUGAGGGAAUGAAAAGGCAGGCCGCUGCUGUUAAAAUACAGAAAAAUACGCGAAGAUAUGAGGUUAGAGCAGCCUACAGCAAACUCAGGGUCUCGGUGCUUGUUUUACAGACAACUUUACGCGCAAUGGAUGCACGAAAAAAAUUUGCAUUCAAAAAGCAAGCUAGAGCUGCAACUGUUAUUCAGGCAAGGUGGCGCUGUCACAAGGCAUCAUCUUAUCAUAGGAGACUUAAGAAAGGAACAAUAGCUGCCCAAUGCAGAUGGAGAGGGAGAAUUGCUAAAAGAGAGUUGCGGAAGCUCAAACAGGCUGCUAGAGAUACAGGAGCACUCAAAGAGGCUAAAGACAAGCUUGAAAAACAGUUGGAGGAGCUUACAUGGCGCUUGCAACUUGAGAAACGCCUGAGGACUGACCUUGAAGAAGCCAAAGCUCAAGAAAUAGCAAAGUUACAAAGUUCUUUGGAAACAAUGCAAAAGAAAGUUGAUGAAGCUCAGGCAACGAUUACCAAGGAGCGAGAGGCUGCAAAGAAGGCUAUUGAAGAAGCACCACCGGUUAUCAAGGAGGUUCCUGUUCACGUUGAAGACACCCAAAAAGUUGAAUCUCUGACUGAAGAAAAUAAAAGUUUGAAGGCAGCUUUGCAGCAAGAAAAGGAGGCCUCAUCUGAAUUGCAGCAGAAAUAUGUGGAGGUUCAAGAUACUAGUGAGGAACGACGUAUAAAGUUAGAAGAAACAGAAGCUCGAGUUCAUCAGCUCCAAGAAAAUCUACACAGGCUGGAGGAGAAGUUGAACAAUUUAGAGUCAGAGAACAAAGUUUUUCGUCAACAAGCAGUGUCCAUGGCACCAAAUAAGUUACUCUCAGGACGAUCUAAAUCAAUUCUCCAGAGGAUGGAGAGUAAUCAUUCUUUCAGUGAAAAUAGGGCGAAUGUGGAAUUGCAUAGCAUAUCAAUGAACCAUAGGGAUUCUGAGAUGGAGGAUAAACCCCAGAAAUCAUUAAAUGAAAAACAACAAGAGAAUCAGGAGUUGCUACUCCGCUGUAUUGCACAACACUUGGGCUUUGCAGGCAACAGGCCGAUUGCUGCAUGCAUUAUAUAUAAGUGCCUACUUCAUUGGAGAUCCUUUGAGGUUGAGAGAACGAGCGUUUUUGAUCGAAUCAUUCAAACAAUUGGUCAAGCUAUUGAGAAAACCCAGGAUAACAAUGAUAUAUUGGCCUAUUGGCUAUCAAAUGCUUCAACUCUUCUGUUACUGCUCCAGCGCACUCUGAAAGCCAGUGGUGCUGCUGGAAUGGCACCUCAGCGACGUCGUUCUUCAUCAGCUUCUCUAUUUGGCAGGAUGGGACAUAGUUUCAGGGGAGCUCCUCCAGGAGUCAAUUUGUCGUUUGUAAAUAGCAGUCUCCCAGGUGGACUAGAUACUUUGCGACAAGUGGAAGCAAAAUACCCAGCUUUGCUUUUCAAGCAGCAGCUUACAGCAUAUGUAGAGAAAAUUUAUGGAAUGAUUCGCGAUAAUCUGAAGAAAGAGAUAUCACCCUUGCUUGGGCUUUGUAUUCAGGUACCGAGAACCUCUAGAGCUAGCUUGGUCAAGGGAUCAUCACGUUCAGUUGCUAACACACCUGCUCAACAAGCUUUGAUUGCUCACUGGCAGGGAAUCGUAGCAAGCCUUGGGAACUUCCUGAAGACUUUAAAGGCAAACCAUGUACCACCAUUUUUAGUUCGUAAAGUGUUCACACAGAUAUUUUCCUUCAUAAAUGUGCAGUUAUUUAAUAGUCUUCUCCUGAGGAGGGAGUGCUGCUCCUUCAGUAAUGGUGAAUAUGUUAAAGCAGGCCUGGCUGAAUUGGAGCACUGGUGUUACACUGCUACUGAUGAGUAUGCAGGUUCAGCUAGGGAUGAGCUAAAGCAUAUCAGACAAGCGAUUGGAUUUUUGGUUAUACAGCAGAAGCCAAAGAAGACGCUAGAUGAAAUUAGCCAUGACCUAUGCCCGGUGCUCAGUAUCCAACAAUUGUACAGGAUUAGUACAAUGUACUGGGAUGACAAAUAUGGCACUCAUAGUUUAUCCUCGGAUGUUAUAUCAAAGAUGAGGGUUUUGAUGACGGAAGAUUCAAACAAUGCAGUUAGCACUUCGUUCUUACUGGACGACGAUUCAAGCAUCCCGUUUUCUGUUGACGAUAUAUCAAAAUCCAUGGAACAGAUAGACAUUGCUGACAUCGAACCUCCAGCCUUGAUUCGGGAGAAUACCGGCUUCAGCUUUUUGCUCCCAGAAGACUAA